AUGAAUCUUCUCUUGAGAUCAAACCCCAAGCCAUGGCUGCAGCAGCAUCAACAAGGUCAUUAUCUCCUCUCUAAAGUUUUAGGGGCUCUCUCUUUUUCCACAAAUACACAACCAAAAGACUCUCUGAAUCUUAGGAUUUCAAGGGCUGGAAAUCCAAAGGUCUCCGUAAUUCCAGUUAUAGAGCAAUGGCUUGAGGAAGGCAAUGACAUUAAAAAAUCUCAUCUUCAAAACUUGAUCAAGCAACUUCGCAGAUAUCGCCGCUUCAGCCAUGCCCUACAGAUUUCACAAUGGAUGGGUGACAAAAGGGACUAUGAACAAUCACCUGGAGACUUUGCGGUUAGGCUGGAUUUGAUUUCAAAAGUUCAUGGCUUAGAACAGGCAGAGGAAUAUUAUAACAGUAUCCCUGACCAUUUGAGAGGCAGCCAAGUUUAUGGUGCCCUUUUGAACUGCUAUGCACACAAAAGGCACUUGGAACAAGCAGAGGCCACGAUGCAAAAGAUGAGAGAGUUGGGGCUUGUACGAACACUUGCUUGCAAUGUAAUGCUAAGCCUCUAUUCUCAGUUGGGAAAAUAUGAGAAACUAGAGGCCCUAGUGAAAGAGAUGGAAGAAAAGGGAUUUUAUGCUGAUGUUUACACAUUUAACAUCAGACUGCAUGCAUAUGCAGUCACUUCCAACAUUGAAGAAAUGGAGAAACUUCUAAUGAAGAUGGAAACAGACUAUCUCAUCAACGUCGACUGCCAUACUUAUUUUGCUGCAGCAAAUGGUUACUUAAAAGCUGGUCUAAUUGAAAAAUCUUUAGCAGUUUUGAAUAGAGCAGAACAAUUAAUUGCCUCAAUGGGGGGCAACUCAAAAAGACAUGCUUAUGAAGUGCUCCUCAGUUUGUAUAGUGCUGCUGGGAAUAAAGAUGGAGUAUAUCAUGUUUGGAGAUUGUGUAAGAAUAUGGGGAGGAUUUUCAACUCGACCUAUAUAUGUAUGAUAACUUCAUUGAUGAAGUUGGAUGAUAUUGAUGGGGCUGUGUGGAUUUCGGAGGAGUGGAUAUCAAGUUCAAAACUUAAUGACAUUCGAGUACCAAAUACAAUGAUUAGAGCUUAUUCCAGAAAGGGUCUUUGGGAAAAGGCUGAGGCAUAUGUGAACAAGAUUGUUGAGAGUGGUAUAGAGCUGGAAGCAAGCUCAUGGGAUCAUUUGGCAAUGGGAUAUCACUUUGCUGGUCAGAUGACAAAGGCAGUAGAAACAUUAAAGAAAGCGAUUUCAAUAAGCAAACCAGGAUGGAAGCCAAAUCCUUACACUUUGAAAGCAUGUCUUGAGUAUUUGGAAGGUGAGGGAAACGCAGAAGCUGCUGAAGAGCUUUCGAAGAUGGUCAGUGAACAUUGUCCUGUCUGA